UAUUUUACGUUCACAUAAUUUUUAUGCUUCGUAUGCAUCAUCAGAUGACAAAAAUGAAUAUUUUUAAACAUUAUUUUGUAACUAUUACAAUCAUAGUUCUUCCAAUUUUGAUUAUUCCAGCAACAUCUGAUCCAACAUAUGAUGAAUAUAGAUAUGACUUCGAUUUUUACCCAGGAAAUUUUAACAAAGAUGAUGCUGAUUAUGUCAACCCUAAUAUUGAUCUAUUGACGACAUACUGUGGUGCUCUGAAUAUCUAUGAAAAUAAUACUCGUAAAACAUAUUAUCGUAAGAUUUUCACUGAUGCUCAACAGAAAUUAUUAGAAAGAAAUAUUAAUUAAUAAAUAAUGCAUGUUUACAAUCAAUCAAAAGUUAAAUAUAACAAUCAAAUACAUUAAUUAAGAAAUAUUUUUGUAACAAAUUGCAAUGAACCAUAAAAUAUGUAUAUGUACGUUUAGAUUUAUGUUAUAAUUAUAUCAUUAAAUGGGAUAAAAAAACAAAAGCAGAAUGAAGGAAUCUAUUUAUUUUAUACAUUGUAAUUUUUGUCACUUGAAACAUAAAAAAUAUGCAUAUAAUAAAAAAAUAAAUACAAUAAUUAUAA